AUGGCACCUCCACACCGGACCUUCCCAGGCACCAAGCUCCCCCGGGACCACAUGGCCAACCUGGAUGCACGUCUCACACGGCUCUGGCCGGACUCCCCUGCCGCAGCUCACUCUGGGUACUCUGGCCGCGCGAGCCUCAUCCCUAUCCAGCAGCUGUUUGCCCUGGCAGCCGUCCAGGGGAAACGUCUCGUCCUUGCAGGCCACUCCAUGGGAGGAGCAGUGGCCACGCUGUGCGCGCUGAGCCUGCUGCGCUCCCUGCCUCUGUCCGCGCACGGGCUGGUGGCAUGCGUGGGCUUUGCCACCCCCCCCUUGGGGAACGCACACCUGGCGGGGAUGGUGACGGGUGAGGGCUGGGACUCGCGAAUCCACAACUACCUCCUGCCUGAGGACUGGGUGCCAGAGCUCAUCAACUCUUUGCGCCGGCUGAACCGGCCCCGCGAGGGAGAGCGGAAGGGCCUGGUGGAGGACAGCAAGUACGCAGCCCGCACCGCCACCGCCAUCCACGAGCGGGCAGCCGCAGGGGCCCUGGGCAUGCGACUGCCUGGCUUGGCAGGCGGGGCGAUCCGUGCCCUGGGAUCGACGGUCCUCCACACCUGCACACGCUUCCUUCCCCUGGCCCUGCUGCCACUGGGACAACAGCUGCACCUGCCCGGCCACGGGCACAGGGGCGUGCUGGACCCAGCGUGGGACCCGCACCCGCUGAUCCCGGCGUGCCCGAGGGGCUUCCUGAAGAUGCACCGCAUGAUCAGCUACCGCACCAGGCUCCUGGAGUUGUGCGUGGACUAG